AUGGAUCAGGGUGUGAUUUGGUCUUUCAAAUGCUCGUUUCGGAAACAUUUACUGGAAUACGUUUCGUCUUUGAUCGAAGAUGAGCAACGAAUAAUGAAAGUCGAGGUGGACAUUCUCAUGACCAUUCAUCUGGUCAAGAAAGCUUGGGUAUCUGCGCACCCGCACGUAUUGAUCAACGCUUUCAUGAAAGCUGGGUUCAAAUCCACACUGAUUCAGCCACUGAUGCAGCCACCAGAGGAUAAAAACGAUUUGAUCGUGGACUUUACUCAUUAUGUGAUUAUUGAUGAAGAAAUCGCCUGUUUGGAACUUGAUGAAGAAGUGGGUUAUUUAAAAGUUUUAUAUAGUGAUUAG